AUGCUGGCGGCGCACCCCGCGGACGCACCGCCCCCGCCCAAGGAGGAGCUGCUGCGGCGAUGGGCCCAGCGCGACAUCUACUUCCUCAAGACGCACGUCGGCAUGGCCGCCCAGGCGAGGAGGGUCUCGCUCCCCAUUCAGGCUUUCCUCAUGGGCCUGCUGGACGCGGCAGCCCUGCACCGGAUCGCGAAGACGGCCCAGACCGACUUCGUGCGUAUCUGGGGGCGAUACGGAGGGCGCACGGCAGGUCGCAACCUGCCCCGGGCGAUGAAGCGGCUGAAUGCCGACAUCGCACGCGUCAACCGCCUGCUGCCCGAGAAGCUGUGCAGCAGUGGGCAGCUGGAUGCGGCGUGCCGGCUGGCCGAGGAAGCCUGCGCAGGGGCCAACCCCCCCAGCUACACGAAUCUACAGCAUGUGCUGAAUGCCACCCUGCAGGCACACUCGCCCUUCCUGGCGGUGCGCAUCCUGCGUGCGAUGUCACGGGCGGGGUACGCCCCCAACAAGGUCACGUACUGCGCCCUCAUCGCGGCCCUGGGCAGGGAGGGGCCGCGCGGCGGCGAGGGCUCGGUCCAGGCAUUCGAGCUGUGGAAGGAGCUGGAGGCCCGGAACGUCGAGCUGGACGCGGCCGCCAUCCGCACAGGCAUGAAGGCCUGCGUGGGCGUGGGCGACCUCCCCGCCGCCGAGGCCCUGCUCUCCGGCCUCCUCUCCGGCGCACACCCCGCCCCGCCCGACGCCCGCGCCUUCAACAUCGUGCUGUCUGGCCACGCGCGCGCGGGCGACGUGGAGGGCAUGGAGCGCACGCUGCGCGCGCUGUGCGCCGCCGACGUCCCCGCCAGCGACGUGACCUACAACACGCUGGUGGACGGGUACGCGCGCGCCGGGCGCCCCGCCGCCGCGCGCGACGUGCUCGCCUCGGCGGCGGCGGCCGGGCGGCGGCUGGGCGCGCGCCCGCACGCCAGCCUGGUCCACGCGGCGGCUGCGGCGGGCGACGCGCCCGCGCUGGGCGCGGCGCUGGAGGCCAUGGCCGUGGGCGGCCUGCCCCGCGACGCCAUGACCUGGGGCGCGCUGGUGGGCGGCGCGGCGGCGCGCGGCGACCUGGCGACGGCCCGCGCCGACCUGCGCGAGAUGCUGGCGGCGGGGCACGCCCCCAGCCACGCGCUCUUCAACGGCCUGCUGGGCGCGUGCGGGGUGGCGCGCAGCCCCGGCGCCGCGCGCGAGGUGCUGGCCGACAUGCGGCGCGCAGGGCUGGAGCCGCGGCGCGACGCCUACCUGGCACUGGCCUCGGGCCUGGCGCGGGUGGGAAUGUGGCACGCCGUGCUGGACACCUGGUCCGAGCAGCACCGACGCGGCGUGGCGCCCGACGUGCGCAUGCACACGCUGCUCACGCAGGCCUACGGCCGCAUGCUGGACACGCUGGCUACGCUGUGCGUGCGCACGGGCGAGUUCCGCAUGGGCAUGCAGGCCCUGCGCGCUCUGGAGCGCAUGGGCGUGGAGGCGACGCUGGUGCCUGCCUGCAUCUGUGCUCCACCCUACAUGCUGCGGUUUCAAGCGCUGUGCACGCUGGCUCGAAGGUUUUCGUGA